UAUUUCACUAUGGGUAUUUCAUAGAUUUUAUAAACAUAUAUCUCCAUAUAUCCAGAGGUUGUAUAUAUGGGAUAAUAAUAUAUCACUGUACAAGUGGACCCAAACCAUGCCAGCAAAAUGCCCCCCAAAGCAUAACAGAGCCACCAGAUCCCCUCACUGUAGGGGUCAAGCAUUCAGACCUUUGCCGGGGUUUCCUUUAAUUUGUCACCCAUCUGUAUAUUGCAACGAUUGGUGUGUAGUGCAGAGUGAUGCUGGGUUUCUACCUACUUUUCCAGAAUAUUAUAGUUUAAAAUUUUCUAUUUGAAAAAAAAAGAUUAAACCUGAAGAACAGUUUAAAAGCCAACAUGUAAUGCAGAAGUGAAGAAGUAGAAACACCAGAUUUGAAGCUUUGAGGAAACAGCAUAGCUUGCCAGAUGUGUCACCUUUGCUCUGUCCCCCAGUCCCUGUGAAGGCCUGCCAACCAGACAUCAAACACUCACACAAGACGUUUCAACACAACUUUUCAACCCUGUUUGUGUCUCUUUCCCGUUUGUCCAUUUUUCCUUCUUUUUACAUCUCGUCCCUUUUCUUUUUAACUUUCCAUUUUCUCUUUUAUCCCUCUUCUGUUUUCAUCUGUUCUUGUCCUCUUCUAGUCCAAAAGGCCAAACAGCAAGUGCAGCUUCCUUUGACAGGAACAACAGUGUAGGACAAGAGUGUUUUAACAUCUUUCUGCAAGUCUGCAGGGGGCGCCGUUAGAAAAAUCUGGUAGCGUGUAGGAACCACUGUGCGGGACUUUUGUUUCCGCUCGCUUCAAUACGAAGUGACGCUUCCUUGCACUUCCGGCCCGGGGGUAGUGUACACAUGUGAGAAGCGACUGCUGCAGCGUUUUCUUCAGUGUGCAGGAUGGACGGGAAAGUUAAGGAACAGAAGCGACAUCAGCAGAAGCACAGCGGGCCAAAGGCAGAGAGGAAGAAGCUGAGGAAACAGGGAGGCUCCACAGAAGAGGAUGAACGCAAACGCAAUCCCAAAGCAUUCGCGGUUCAGUCCGCUGUGCGCAUGGCCAAGACCUUCCACAGGGCUCAGGAUAUAAAGGCCAAAAAACACCACAUCCCCCUGGUAGACCGGACUCCCCUGGAACCACCUCCAGUUGUGAUUGUAGUCGUUGGGCCCCCCAAGGUUGGGAAAAGCACCCUGAUCCGUUGCCUGAUCAAAAACUUCACCCGGCAAAAGCUGGGGGACAUAUGUGGACCUGUAACCAUCGUCUCUGGCAAGAAGCGCCGCCUCACUUUCAUGGAGUGUACCAAUGACAUAAAUACAAUGAUUGACCUCGCAAAAGUAGCUGACCUGGUUUUGAUGUUGAUCGACGCCAGCUUUGGCUUCGAGAUGGAGACUUUUGAGUUCCUCAACAUCUGUCAGGUACACGGCUUCCCUCGUAUCAUGGGUGUGCUGACUCACCUGGAUUCAUUCAAGAACAACAAGACACUGAGGAAGACCAAGAAGAACCUCAAACAUCGCUUCUGGACUGAAGUCUACCAGGGGGCCAAGCUCUUCUAUCUGUCUGGGAUGGUGUACGGGGAGUAUCAGACUCAGGAAGUGAAGAACCUCGGCCGCUUCAUCUCCGUCAUGAAGUUUCGUCCUCUGGUGUGGCAGACCUCCCAUCCUUAUGUACUGGCUGACCGUAUGGAGGAUUUGACUGACCCUGAGAGGGUGAGGACAGACCCCAAGUGUGACCGGACUGUGUCACUCUACGGCUACCUGCGAGGCACAUAUUUGAAAAACAAAGGCCAGGUCCACAUUCCAGGUGUUGGAGACUUUCAGGUGGCGGACGUGAACUUCCUGCCGGACCCGUGUCCACUGCCAGACGCUCAGAAGAAGAGGGCGCUGAAUGAGAAGGAGCGUCUGCUCUACGCACCCAUGGCCGGCGUCGGUGGGGUCGUGUACGACAAAGACGCUGUUUACAUCGACCUUCCUGCCAACCAUGUCAAUCAGCAGCAGGAGGAGGUGCGGCCCACCACAGAGCUGGUCCAGUCUCUCAUCGACACACACGCCACUCUGGAUGCCAAGAUAGCUGCCAGUAAGGUGUCUCUGUUCAGCGGCUCAGCCUCCCUGAACCCCACAGACAUGGACCAGCAGAGCGGAGAGAAUGAGGGUCCUCAGGAGGAGCUUGUCUGGGAUCCUAAUACCCAGAGAGAGAGGAGGAAGGUGGUCUUUGCUGAGGAGGAGGAGGAGGAGGAUGGCAGCGGUUCUAGUGAUGACGAGGACGGCGACAGUGAAGAAAGUGACCAAGAGGAGCAGGAAGAGGAUGAAGACAAGGAUUUCCUCUCUACAUUCAUCAAAGAGGCGAGAACCGAAUCUGACGCAAAAGGCGGCGCUCCACCGGUGAAGAAACAGAAGCUGGAGGAGAAGAGAGGAGAGGGAGAGGCCGGCGCCGAGGUGCCGGUGUUCGCCGACAGCGAAGAUGACCUGGAGAUGAGCGAGGAGGAGAGUGAAGAAGAGGCGGAGGCUGGGAGAGCGGGAGACUCUGGACAUUGCUCCGAGGAGGAUGAAGAGGAGAGCGAUGAUGAAGGGGAGGAAGAAGAAGAAGAUGAUGAUGAUGAAGAGUCAGAAGAGGAUUCUGUGGAAGAGGAUGAUGGUGCAGCUGCAGCGAGUGAGAGUGAGGAGGAGGAAGAAGAGCAGGGAGCUCUGCGCUGGAAGGAGGGUUUGCAGCAGAAAGCUUCGGAAGCGUUUCUACGGCAACAAGAAGCUGCACCCAAUCUGCGAAAACUGGUUUACGGUUUAGUUGUUGCGAAAGAUGAGGACGAUGAAGAGGACGAGGAGGAGUUGGGAGGGCUGUUCCGAGUCAGUCGCCCUCAGAAGAGUAAAAAGUUCCAGGCAAACGCUCUCGACUGCUCCCGUUUCAACCCUGACACCUCCCACAACUGGGAUCUGGAGGAGAUGCUAAACUCUAUCAGGGACUGCUUUGUAACAGGGAAGUGGGAGGAGGGCCAAGAUGCUGCUACACUGCUAAAGGAGGACGAGGAACUGUAUGGUGACUUUGAAGAUCUGGAAACAGGACAAAUCCACAAGGGCCAAACUGGGCAGCAGGACCAGGCUGAGCAGAAUAGUGAGAAUGAUGAUGAAGAUGAUGAUGAUGAAGCUGAAGAGAGUCUAGUGAGGCUGGACGACGAGGAGAUCCAGAAAAACAAGCGUAUUGAGAAGAAACGCAGGCUGAAGGAGCGCUUUGAUGCAGAGUAUGAUGACGGAGACGCCACUUACUUUGAUGAUCUGAAGGAGGAGAUGCAGAAGCAGGCCGAGCUGAACAGGGCGGAGUUUGAGGAUGUGGACGAUGAGACGAGAGUGCAGUACGAAGGCUUCCGACCAGGAAUGUACGUCAGAUUAGAAAUCUCCUCUCUACCCUGUGAGUUUGUCACCAACUUUGAUCCACACUACCCCGUCAUCCUCGGAGGCCUGGGCUCCAGUGAAGGCAACGUAGGAUACCUGCAGAUGCGACUGAAGAAACAUCGCUGGCAUAACCGCAUCCUGAAGACUCGAGACCCCCUCAUCCUGUCCUUAGGCUGGCGUCGCUUCCAGACCAUCCCCCUCUACCACAUCGAGGAUCACAACGGACGCCACCGCCUGCUCAAAUACACACCGCAGCACAUGCACUGUGGAGCCUCCAUCUGGGGUCCCAUCACACCACAGGGCACUGGCUUCCUGGCUGUGCAGUCAGUAGCAGGAACUAAAGCUAAUUUCCGUAUUGCAGCUACAGGAGUCGUCCUGGACCUGGAUAAGUCAGUGACUAUAGUGAAGAAGCUCAAACUCAUUGGUUACCCGUACAAGAUCUUUAAGAACACAAGCUUCAUUAAGGGCAUGUUCAACACCAUGCUGGAAGUAGCUAAAUUUGAAGGUGCCUCCAUACGAACAGUGUCAGGGGUCAGAGGUCAGAUCAAGAAGGCGCUGUCGACACCACCAGGAGCUUACAGAGCAACGUUUGAGGACCGGCUGCUCAUGAGUGAUAUUGUGUUCCUGCGUUCCUGGUAUCCAGUGUCUGUUCCCCAGUUCUACAACCCCAUCACCUCUCUGCUGCUGCCUGUGGGGCAGAAGGACAGCUGGGAGGGCAUGAGGACCCUGGGUCAGCUCAAACACGACCUGGGCAUCCGCAACAAGCCCAAAACUGACUCUCUGUACAAGCCAGUGGUCCGGGCACCGAGGCGCUUCAACACCCUCCACAUCCCCAAGGAGCUCCAGAAGGCCCUGCCCUUCAAAAGCAAACCCAAACAGCAGCAACCCAAAGGAAAGACACCCAGAGACCUGCAGAGGCCCAGCGUGAUCAGGGAGCCCCACGAGAGGAAGGUGGCGGCCCUGCUCCACGCUCUGAGCACAGUUCACAACUACAAGAAGAAGAAAGCUCACACGGCGCAACACGCCAAACACAAGGAGUUCCUGCAGCAGAAGGAGAAACAGGAGGUGGCCAAGCUGAAGAGACAGAAGGAGGCGCGUAAAAAACUGUACCGCGUCAUGGGCCAGAUGGACCAGAAGAAGCAGAGGUCCAGUCUGAAGGGGGCAUCACAGGACGACUAACUCACUGUAUCUGGACUCAUCAGGCAAACCUCUGUAGACUCUGACUGAGACGCUGGGUCUGCUCUUUGGACUGUUAGCAUGUGUUUCAUGGCUCUGCCAGGUUCAUUUUUAUUGUAUUUUUCUAAAUGUGUUGAUAUUGAAAAUCAUCUGUAAAGCCUAUCUGACUUUUGGAUUUUGUUUUAAUAAAACAAUAAUAAUGA